GUCUCGUUCACGGCAAUGGCCGGCGCUGGUGGUGAAACGGUGGUGCGAUAACCCGCCGGCCGGAGCACCCACGCAACACCUCCUCGUUGUUCCUCGUCGUUGUUCGCGCUCUUUGCUGCCCAGGGGUCGUUGAACGUGGGAUGUGAGCCUGUGAAGGUGGAAUCCUCGAGAAGCGCGAGGUCCUCGCAAUGGAGGCGGGACCGAAGCAACAGCAACAACAGCCAGCGCAGUCGCAACAACAACAACAACAACAACAACCGCAACAGCAGCAACAACAGCAGCAGCAAAAUUCGUCGUCGGGUACUGGGACUCAGUCGACGAGCCCGCAGAGCGGCCAGACCCAAGGCCAGGCUCAAGGUCAGCCGAAUCAAGAUGCGGUCGCAGUCGCAGCCGCGACCGCGGAGGCCGGACCGGUGGAGGAGGGCGUGCUACUCGCGAGGGUGCACGUCCCGGAACUGUACGUCAGCAAGUGUCUUCAGUUCCCGAAGGACCAGCUCGUCUGGGACGUGAAGCAGCAAUGCCUGGCGUCGUUGCCCAAGGUGGCCACUUGGUACAGGGAGCUGAAGGAGAGCUUCAAUUACGGCUUGUUCUGCCCGCCCGUGAAUGGAAAAGCCGGGAAAUUCUUGGACGAGGAACGCCGCCUCGGCGAUUAUCCCUUCAAUGGACCCGUCGGCUACUUGGAGCUCAAGUACAAAAGGCGGGUGUACAAGAUGCUGCAUCUGGACGAGAAACAACUGAAGGCGAUGCACACGAGGACGAACCUGCGAAGGCUACUGGAGUACGUGGCAAACAGCCAGGUGGAGAAGAUCGCGAAAAUGUGCAGCAAGGGCCUCGAUCCAAAUUUCCACUGCCAGGAGACCGGAGAAACUCCGUUGACCUUGGCGACGACCCUGAAGAAGCCGUCGAAGGUGAUAAUUGCGCUGGUGAACGGCGGCGCGUUGCUGGACUAUCGGACGAAGGAGGGACUGACGGCGAUGCACCGCGCCGUCGAGCGGAACAGCUUGGAGGCGGUGAAGACGCUGCUCGAGCUCGGCGCCAGCCCCAACUACAAGGACACCAAGGGACUGACGCCCCUCUAUUACAGCGUCAUAUACAAAACGGACCCGAUGCUCUGCGAGACGCUUCUCCACGACCACGCGACCAUCGGCGCCCAGGAUCUGCAAGGAUGGCAGGAAGUGCAUCAGGCCUGCCGCAACAACCUGGUCCAACACCUGGAUCACUUGCUUUUUUACGGUGCGGACAUGAACGCGCGUAACGCGUCCGGUAACACGCCGUUGCACGUUUGCGCAGUGAACAACACGGACUCCUCUUGUAUACGCCAGUUGCUGUUCAGAGGCGCGCAGAAGGACAGCCUCAACUACGCGAACCAAACGCCAUACCAGGUCGCCGUGAUCGCCGGGAACAUGGAGCUGGCCGAGGUUAUUAAGAACUACCAGCCGGAGGAAGUUGUACCGUUUAAAGGGCCGCCACGCUACAACCCGAAACGACGCUCGGUGGCCUUCGGCGGCGCGUCGACGAUGACCACGAGCUGCUCGGCCAGUAACUUGGGCACCCUGACCAGGAUACCAUCCGCGGAACAGCAGCACGGCUCCGGUGGUGGAUGUAUGACCCCCGGAGGUGGUGGUACCCUCACCAGAACGAUCUCGGUGGAGCAGUACGCGACGACGACCGGCGUCAACGCGGUCACGCGAGUACCGUCCGCCGAGCAAUACGCGACCGGCAACCUCACCAGAGUACCGUCCACCGAGCAACAGUAUCAUCCAUCCACUGGCACCAUGAGCCGAGUACCGUCCGCGGAACAAUACGCCGGCGCUAUCGCGACCUCCACCGUCACCGUCGCCGCCGCCGCCGCCGCCGCCGCCACAGCCACAGUGAGCACCACCAGGGUGUCGCACACAGGGGUCGAGCAAUAUUCGUCCGCGACUGGAGCUGGUACGCCGGCCAGAGUACCGUCCACCGAGCAAUAUCCGACCGGCACCCUCGUCAGAGUACCGUCCGCCGAGCAGUACGCGAAUACCAAUAUCGCGAGGACCGUCGCUGAUCAUCAUCACGCCGCCCUCGCCAGAGUACCGUCCAUCGAAGCAACAACCACCCGAAACAACAACACCGAGCUACAGAGAAUACCGUCCGAGCAGCACGUCGCCGCCAGAUCCGCCGAGCAGAACGGCCUACCACGGAUUACCUCGGACUACCAGAGCCCCAAUUCGCUGAGGGAUCCUAACGCGAGAUUACCGACCACCGCGGAGAACUAUCAGAACGUAAGAAUGGAGGGUCUGACGAGGCUGCAAGAGCACCGGCUGGAGCUGCAACACCGUCUCGACAUGCACCGAACGAUGGAGAUGCCGCCGUCGCCGUCGCCGAGCAGCAGGAGCCUAGCUCCUUUCAGCUCGGCUAGCUCGAGCCUCUCCGAAGGCAGCAAUCAACCGUCCGGCGAAGAUUCCGCCAGCAUCGUCACAGACAAGAGUCUCGGCGAUACAGCCUCCGACGUGAUUAGCGACAGUUCCGGGGUCGGAACCUCGCAGUCGGACACUACCAAUUCCCUCUCGAUCCCGGGCACCACGGUCGUCUGCGUCGAGAGCUACAACAGCGGGAUUCUAGGUCAUCUGAAUAUCAAUCAAGGAGAUAUCUUGGAAGUCACCGGGGCGACCGACUGCGGUCUCCUCGAGGGAGUGCUUCGAGGACAAGGUACCGGCCUGUUUCCGGCGCACUGCGUGCAAGAGGUCAGACUUCGUCACACGAACAUCCCGCUGGGUCCUCAGCCUGCCAGGGAUGGUCGGAACAGAGUAUUAGGCCGUAGAGAAUCGCAGCAUAAGUAUUUCGCUACUGCUCCUAGACUGAAGAAACCAGUUACGUCGGAACCUCGCACCGUGGUGCUGCACCGCUCGAGAAAAGGUUUCGGAUUCGUGUUGCGAGGCGCCAAGGCAACCUCGCCUCUGAUGGAGCUGACACCGUCGGCUAGGUAUCCCGCCUUGCAGUACCUGGACGACGUCGAUCAAGGAGGCGUGGCCGACCUGGCUGGCCUCCGAAAAGGCGACUACCUUAUCCAAAUCAACGGUGAGGAUGUGACAACAGCGUCGCACGAGCACGUGGUCGACUUGAUACGAAAGUCCGGGGAGCUGGUCAGAAUGACGGUGGUAUCCCCGGUGAUCAGCCUUCCGAAUUCGCAAUCGGCAGCACUUUUGCCAACUAGUCAACCCAUUCAGAGGCAGUACGCGACACUGCCGCGCAAGGGCAACAACAACGUAGUGAUUGGCGGCACCCUCGGCAGAUCACCGGCCCCGAUGCCACCGCGGAGAGACCCGAAGACCACUCUGAGCGUUGGCCGGGCGCGAGCAAGAUCGAUGGUCGCGGGAUUAGAAGGCGGUGGCGAGAGAGACGAUCGGGACGAGAUAACGUCGACGGGAGCAAAGUCGAGCAGCGCGGAAUCGAUCCAUCUUCCUCAGCAGCCGUCGACCGGGCCCAACACCGGGCAGAACACGCCGGUUCAGCCGCGAACGGCCAGUAUUCGUUCGAGACCCACCUCCAGUAGGAUCACCGCCGCAGAGCUGGAGGUACAGUAUCGCGAGGCGUAUUAUCGCCUCGUUGCUCGAGAAAUCACGACGCGCUUCUUCUUGUUCUCCUCGAAUGGCAUUGCACGAACCAACCGAGGCUUCAGCUUCGUCCUUCCUUUCUUCCAGGAACUAUUUCAGCGGCAGCAAGGUAGUACCAGUGGUCAGUACAGCUCGUCCAUGAUGAGCUCUCACUUUCAGACUGGUCAAGCUACCAAGUCGCAUCCCUCCUCGCCUGCUAAGACCGGCAGGGUAUACGCGAGCGUAGCUGAAAUGAAACGCAAAGGCAAAUUGAACUCGAGAGUGCGAUUCUUCGGUGGAUUGGGCGGUGGUUCCGAUCUUCACCGUGACUUUCACAGUACGCCGGACUUGAACGUGCAGGCGCAGUCGUCCAUCCUGGCGCCGAAAGGGCACAGAAGCCAGGAGGACGUGAACGCGUUGAACGGCCGAAACGGGCUUCCACCACCGAAUCAUCCGCCGCCUCCGCCACCGGUCGGCCAAGUGGUGAAAGUGAACGUGGGCGCCAACGUGCCGGACGUGGUCACGCCAGCUUCUGUGUACGACAACAUGGCUCAUAUACAGCAAGUCAAAGAGCUGGCAGCGGCAACGGCAGACGGAGGUUACGGCGUGAUGUCGAGCUUCCGGCCGUCGAACAGCGCGAAGCUGUACGCCUCGCCGGAAGACAUGAAGACAGUUGGGUAUCGAUCACGCAGCCUGCCAGCGCACACGACCCGCUGUCACGUGAGGAAGUCGCACAGCCUGCGCACCACCAACAACACGACCUUCAAGCCGUUGAACAACCAGCAGAACGUGAACAACACCGUCAGCAACAACAACCAAGUGAACAACAAUCAGUCGGCCAACAACCAGUACGCGCAACCUCUGAAGACCAACAGGAGCCACAGCACCGCCGGCAUCAGAGAGAGGAAGAAGAAGACCAUCAUCAGCACCAGCUCCUCCAUCACGAAUCUCUCCUCGGUGACGAACAACAACGCUGGGAACAACGCGGUGACAAACACCACCGCGCCGCCGAUCCCUGAACCGGAUUACAGCCUGUCGGAAUCGGAGAACGACGAGGGCGAGGAGGAGACAGACGACGACGGCGAGUCGGAGAUCGCGAAGGAACUGGAGAAAGCAGCGGCGAGGGAGAAACUGGAGUCGACGCGUGAAACGUCUGGCAACUCGAACACAUCCGGCUCGAGUUCGUCCGGCAGCAGUUCGCUGCCGCACUCGUUCAGCGUCGAGGAGAUCCAGAAGGUGAGGACGCAGCUGAAGUCGUCCAAGAGCCAUCCGAACGACUUUCUGCUGCAACAGACGCAGCAGUCGCUCGUCGAGGACGGUGACAACAGCUCGAGCGGCGUGAGCUCCGACCAGGACGUGCCGGUCGGCCCGCCGACAGGUUUCGACGACACGGCCGCGAGGAACCUUGCCAACGAGGCCGCGCAACAUCCGGCAACGAUGCUCUCGGUUACCAGCGUGGAGAAGGAGACGAACCCGAAGAGGACCAGCUACGGCGGCAGCGGUUUAUUGACGCGGCACGCGGUCAGCCUAGCCCAGUUACCACCGCCGAUCGAGGCCGAUGCCGAGGAGCAGAGCAACGAUCUGUUCGUGCCACCGCCGCCGGAGUUCAACGCCGGACCUUCCGGCCCGGGCAACCCCGACGAAUUGGUGUUCGCCCCUCCGCCCCAGUUCUGCGACAACAAGCAACAAUCGCAGCAGCAGCAGCAGCAACAGCAACAGAACCGCGUGAAGAUCAUCGGGGCGAUACCGAAGGUUACCAACAGUCAAGUGAAGGCCUCCGGCGGACGACUGCACAACCAGUGAGGGAGAAUGAUCGCUGCGAACGAUCGCCGAUGAACGGGGACGGGGUUCGAGUCGCGGUUUACCAGAGUCAAUUUAUUAUCUCACCGUUAUUUAACCUUUCACCAGCCCUCCCCGAGAUAAGAUUGUCCGCACGCGUACAUACACAGCGUUGCGCGUUGAACCCUGGUUGUCGGUCAGCUGUUUCGUGCCCGGUGAUCGAAUAUCGCGAGCAGACGCGAUUGUUUGCAAUAAAGGAAAUUUCUCACCGAUAACGAUGAUAACGAUUGUCCCUCGCACCGCGAAGUAGUUUCGUGAAGCGAGAUGAUUCUUCGUCGCGAGAUGAUGAUUCGAGGGGCGUUCAGGCCGCGUCUUAACUCUGUCAAAAGCGUCUGUGGUAAACGAACAAGGUAUUCCAGUGAAUUUUUACUAGUAAACCAGUAGAGUACGAAUCGUACCGAAUCGACCGCAGACACGGUUAGGUUCAAAAAAAGAAAAGGUGUACGUGCGAUGCGAUUCUAUUUGCCAAGCGAUGCGACGCAACGCACGUCGUUCGUGAGCGUCGAAAUUCCAUAGCCGUCUCGUGGAAUGGCCUAAUGAGAUGAACGAGAAAAAGAGAAAAAGAAAAAGAAAAAAAAAAAAGAUCUAUAAACUGUACUGUAGCUCGUAAUUAGAAAGAAGAGAGAAGGAGAAAACGAACACGAGAGAGAGAGAGAGAGAGAGAGAGAGAGAGAAGAAUGAAAGUGAGAUAGA